AGGUAUUGUAUACUUGGUUGCGCGUUUUUCACUUUCAGUAAAUUGCCUACGCAACAUGGCGUCGUUACCCGAUGCGUCAGCGGCGUCUGCGCAGCUCCAGAGCAAUUCUCACGCGACAGUAUCCAUUCCACCGUCUUCAGCGCUCGCUGCUGAGUCUAGCGAGCCAUCUACAGCGUUUGGGAGCGCCCUAGAAGCUGUGCAACACGCCGUCGUUCCAAACGCUCACAUUGAUGUGUCAGCCUCGCCAUCCGUGGCUACAGAGCCCGUCAAGAAGGGAAAGGGCGUCGGUAGGCGGCUCACAGACCGACAGCGCGUGGAGAUUCUGGAACUGAUUGAGAAAUCGGGCAGCACCUUGUCAAAUGCCGAGAUUGGGAGGCGCUACGGCAUCACACGCGCUGCCAUUCAGAAGCUCAAACAAAAGGGCCCCGAGGUGAGGGCUCGAUAUCGUUACGGGAGUGCUGAGACCAGGGAUGGGCGUAAACGUGGGGGCCACAUCAUGAGUGUACCGUUCGAACGAGAGCUGUUUGAAUGGGUACGAGGACUCAAGGCACGGAAAGUGCCGGUCCCACCGUCGCUUGUCAAGGAGAAAGCCAAAUUGUUGGUGCCCAAGUACGCGCUGGGAAGUUUUCAGGCGUCAAAUGGAUGGUACUACAACUUCUGUAAGCGGUUUAACUUGUCCACGGGCGUGUUGGUAGAGGAGAAGGCGCAGAUACCCCCAGCGGCUGAUGAGGUGGAUGCAAACUUGGACGCAGACCACGCGGAGCUCCAGCAAAUGACAAUGAACGCGCUGGGGCAGCAAACGUACGAGCAAAUCCAGCAGUAUCAUCAACAGCAAAUAGCUGCGCUCACUGCAGCAACGUUGCAGGAUAAACAGGGUCAAGUCCAACAGACCCAAGACAGCGCACAAGGACUGCAGCUUAAGAGCGAUAAGAUGCUGGCGCUUCUUGAGCAGCAAAACGCUCUUCUCGAGCGACAAAACAGCAUGAUCGAAGAGCAGUCCGAGACUAUCAAGAAACUAUUUGCUUUGGUGACCAACGGGGGCUCAGGGCUCUAGUGGCGAUCUCGUAUUGCAGCACCAGUUUCUAUGCUGUUCCAUACUAUUCGAAGAUGGACCAGGUAGUCUACAUGAGGUAAAUUCUCUCGCGGUGUUGAACCAGGCAUAAAAAAAGCCAACAGAACAUGAUACGUUUUGUUAAGAUAUGUUCUUGUUGGUUGAGCGCUAGGUAAGAUCACGUGGCGGCACUAGGAUACAUGUACAAAUAUUUUGGACUGACAAACACAAAAACUUACUGACGAAGACGGCGCUUGCAGCUCGUGUUUUUGCUCGGGAACGUCGGCUCGGAAGCA